CCCAUUGGGUGGAAGACUCAAUUGUAGGCAGGGAAUGUGAUUACGCAUCACCGGGGCGGGACUAUUGUGUCUAACAGGGAAACUACAGAAAGAUGGCUGCGAUCAGAAAGAAACUGGUGAUAGUGGGUGAUGGAGCCUGUGGGAAGACAUGUCUGCUCAUAGUGUUCAGCAAAGAUCAGUUCCCUGAGGUCUACGUUCCCACCGUGUUUGAGAACUACGUGGCAGACAUCGAGGUGGAUGGUAAACAGGUGGAGCUGGCUCUGUGGGACACUGCGGGUCAGGAGGAUUACGACCGUCUCAGACCUCUCUCGUAUCCAGACACAGACGUCAUUCUCAUGUGCUUCUCCAUCGACAGCCCCGACAGCUUAGAGAAUAUUCCCGAGAAAUGGACUCCGGAGGUGAAGCAUUUCUGUCCCAAUGUGCCCAUAAUCCUGGUGGGAAAUAAAAAAGACCUGCGAAACGAUGACCACACCCGCAGAGAGCUGGCCAAGAUGAAACAGGAACCGGUGAAGACGGAGGAGGGCAGGGACAUGUCAAACCGGAUCAAUGCCUCUGGUUACCUGGAGUGCUCAGCCAAGACAAAAGACGGCGUGAGGGAUGUUUUUGAGAUGGCCACCAGAGCGGCGCUGCAGGCCAAGAAAAGAGGCAGGAAGAGUGGCUGCGCUCUGCUAUAGAGAAUCCAUUACAGAGUCCAUGGUGGGAAGGGAAAGGCCGAGCAGACCUCCUGGGUCUGCUUUGUCACCAGAGCAGGCAGACUUAAUUUGCUCUAACUCAGAUGAGUCAAAAACAUGCCGAUGUCAGCCAAAGGGAAAAAUUAACCAAGAUUUAAAAAAAAAAAAGAAGAAAAAAGAAAGGGAUAAUUAUGAACGUAAGGCUACAUGUUUAGCUAUAAAUUCACCGUAAACAUAAAAGACGAUAUAAAAGAAUACAGAGAAGGGAACAUCUCAGAUUGUUUCUGAUUUUGUUUGGCUAACAGGUUUUUUUUGUUUUGUUUUUUUUUGACAGAAAGUAUCUCAUUAUGACAUAAAGCAUCUAUAAAGUAGGUCACCAUAAUACUCCCACCUGUUCUGAAUGGGUUCAUUUCGUAUUCUCCAGGUUUCUUUACUUGUGCCUGAAUUUCUGUUUUAUAAAACUGUAUUUGCUGGCUUGCGUUUGGGCUUCAACACAUAACCAUGUUAAUUCAGUUAGCUGAAAGAUCUCGGCUACACAGUCAGAAAAUUAUGUUUUUAUUCCUGUAGACAGCAGAGUAUUAAAUUAUCUUUUUUUUUUGUUUUGUUUUGUUCGAGGCCUGUGUAAACACACAGCUCUGUUAGUUCAACUGUUUUUACGAAAUGUCGUGUUUAGUGCAGAAUCACAUUCAGCUAGAAUUUACAGAUUGGCCCCUAGACAUCAUGCAAGCCUGUAUUUCUCAAAGUCAAUCAUAAACCCCCAAAUUCUCCAAAUGAAAGUCACACACAUUUAUGUAACUUUUAGUUAUUACUGAGAUAUUUCUAUGUGUAUAUUUUCUGGAAAAGGAGAAAUAAUUCUAGAUAAAUAUAUCAAAACUAGUAAGCACAUACUCUGUGUGUAGUGACAGCUUUUGAAUACUCCUCCGCCUCUUUUUCUGUAUUUAAAGACGUCUAAAAAUGGCAAAUAUCAUCUAACUCGUGUAUUAACCCGUUUAUUUUGCUUGAGGACUAAAUCGAAUGGAAUAUUAAAAGUGCGAGGAGCAGUUUUUAAGAUGGGCUGGAGAGGCAGAUCUCUCCGUGCUCUCUGGUCUCCUGCCACGUUGUCUCGGUACUUUCGGUAAAAUCUGUCUCCACAGUCAGCCGUCACGCUCUGCAGAAGCCGGGCUGUUUUUUGUCAGAGCGCUAAGUUGUUGCCUUUGUAGGUUUUUCCUUUGCAACAGAACGACUUCUGCUUCGACAAACCCGGAAACGUACAAACAAACUAACAAAAAGGCCCGUCUGCGUUUCUCAGGAUCGUGUUGCGCUGAUGUGACUCCUGCUGUUCAGUGACAGAUUCUGCUGAAUUUGCUGAUCCUCAUCUACUUUGUCGUUCUCCCAUGAUUUAAAAUGGACCUUUUUAAUUUCAGCUUAACGUGUUUCCUGCCUGCAAGCUAACUUGCCUCCUCUUGGGCUUUCUGUUACUUUAUGUGAUAUUCUACUGGCUUACCUUGUACUUUGCACAAAUAUUACACAUUAGGUCAGUGUUGUGUACACUCUGGAAACCUUCUGAAAUGCACACAGCUCCUGAGGGAUUUGUAAGACAGUUGUUCAUUUAUACACAAAACCUUUCUUGAAACUUCUGCAGAUUUUAAUGUAUUUUAAAGGAAAUAAAGUCAACAGAGAAAGGCG